GGAAGGAAGGGGGAGGAGGAAGACGAAGGUCCUGCCUCUCUUCCUCCAGUCCACACUCCGCUAAAGUUCUUUUAUGUCCCUUUUUGUUUUUAAUGUAUUCAUGUUUAACUUCUCUACUUCUUCUGGAUGUUUCUGUGAUUCUGGCUCCGGUGUCAGAGCCGCACUGCGCGGAGCCCGAGCGGGCGACAUGUCGGAGAGCAGCGGGGCCGCCUGGACGUGACUGAGAGAGGUUGAUGGAGGGAGAGAAAGAGACGGCCGAGGACAAGGAGGAAGAGGAGGAGGAGGAGGAGGACGACCUCGCAGCUGCGUCCUCACAGGACUACCAGGACCUUCCCAUCAUGCACUGGGAGGACCUGAGCCAGCGGAUAGCUGAGCUGGAGAAACAGGAGCAGGAGAGGAAGGAAAGGGCAAAGAGGGGGACGGGGGUGAGGACGGACGACAGUGCCGGGGGAGUGUGGACAGGUGUGUGGGGGGAGGAGGAGGAGGAGGACGACGACUUCACGAGGUGUCGCGUCUCCGUCGUCGCGUCACGGUUUCACAACCACAGGAACCUGCAGCUGUGCUUCAUCAACAACGGAGACAGUGAAGAUGAGGAGGACGGAAACAACAAGGAGGUGACCGCGGGGACGGGACGCAGUGGCUGUCAUGCCUCUGGGCUGAAACAGGAAGUGGUGACUGCUCUGAGGACGCUGAGGGACGAACUGCUGGCCGAACAGAAGGAGACGGAGCGUCUGACCAGCAGCUGUUAUGUUGCCAAGAGGAAACAUCUGGAGCGUUGGGAGCUCCAGGAGUGUUCAGUGCAGCAACUCAGCAGCAUGAGAGCGUCACUGCAACAGGAAGUUCACGCUCAGCGUCGCCCUCCGGUGGAGACCACGUGUGUGUCCACCGUCUUUGUCUCGUCUGAGUUUCUCCGUCUUCUUCUCGUCUUCGUAGCUCUGAGCUCGGAGCUCGUGACCCACCUGCUGGUGAGAGACCAGCGGAGGACGACACAGGACGCCAUGCUGCUGGACGUCCAGGACCUGACCUAACUGGACGUAGGGCAUCCGCGCUUGGACCAGGUCUGACAUUAACCGAACCGCUAACUCUGGGAAAUGGACAAAGACGGAGACAAGAGUGGACAUCGGGAGGAGGGAAGUUGAAAAAGUGGUUUGACGACGUCAAGGUCAAAACUUUUCCUGACAGGAAGUCAGCAACGCUUUGAUUCGCGGCUGGAAGUCGAGUCGUGACAGAAUCAAUCAGGAAGAGAAGAGUCUCAGUUUUCAAAAAAAAACUGUAUGUUUCUCUUUAUCCACACUACAACCCAACCCCACAGUUUUCAAAAUAAAACUGUUGGUUCAAGUUUGUCCACAAUAAAACCCAGCCCCACAGUUUUCAAAAUAAAACUCUAGGUUCAAGUUUGUCCACACUAAAACCCAGCCCCACAGUUUUCAAAAUAAAACUGUAGGUUCCUCUUUGUCCACACUAAAACACAACCCCACAUUUUUUUUUAAAUAAAAGCGUAAGUUUUUAUUCAUCCACACUAAAACACACCCCACAGUUUUUAAAAUAAAACUACACGUUACUGUUUGUCCAUGCUGAAACCCACAGUUGUCAAUGUAAAAUCAAAGUUUCUUUUUACCACGCCGAAAGACAACCCUGCUUUUUCCAAAAUAAAAGUCUGAGUUUCUGUUCCAUCCACAUUAAAACCCUACCCUGCAAUUUUCAAAAUAAAAGUCUGAGUUUCUGUUCUGUCCACAUUAAAAUCCAACCCUGCACUUUCCAAAAUAAAAGUCUGAGUUUCUGUUCCAUCCACAUUAAAACCCUACCCUGCAAUUUUCAAAAUAAAAGUCUGAGUUCCUGUUCCAUCGACAUUAAAACCCAACCCUGCACUUUCCAAAAUAAAAGUCUGAGUUUCUGUUCCGUCCACAUUAAAAUCCAACCCUGCACUUUUCAAAAUAAACGUCUGAGUUUCUGUUCCGUCCACAUUAAAACACAACCCUGCAGUUUCCAAAAAAAAGUCUGAAUUUCUGUUCCGUCCACAUUAUAACACAACCCUGCUGUUUUUCCAAAAUAAAAGUCUGAGUUUCUGUUCUGUCCACAUUAAAAUCCAACCCUGCACUUUUCAAAAUAAAAGUCUGAGUUUCUGUUCCGUCCACAUUAAAAUCCAACCCUGCACUUUUCAAAAUAAAAGUCUGAGUUUCUGUUACGUCCACAUUAAAACACAACCCUGCACUUAUAAAAGUCUCUGCUGGUUUCACCCCAAAAUACAACUGGCAUAAUCUGAGUUUUCAAAAUAAAAGCUCCACAUUUAGCAGCUCUACUGUGCUCGGUUUCAUUUGAUGUGACUUCAUAUCUGAAGGAUGUUUUUGUGCUUAUUUUUCACUUAAACACAAGUGUUUAUUAUUUAAUAUUGAAUUUAAAUGAGUAAAAAAAGACAUUUAAGGGAAAUGACAAAAGCAGGAAAAGUGUUUGGGAUCAAUUUUUUUUUAGUAAUGAUUAUUAACGUGUUACCAUUGUGUUUAUAGUUUGAUAUUAUUUAAGUUUUAUUAUCACGUAUUUAAUUUUGUUACUGUUUGAUGCAGCAGGUGUAGACUAUCGUUAUUUUUUUCCUAAAUGCAAAAAGCAAAAGAGAAAGUCACUAAAAAUGCAGUUUUUAUUUAAUGUCAUUGUUUUCUGUCUUUUCUUUUUAUCUAAAUGUAUUGAGCGUGUUAACGCGACAACAGAAACAUUUGAAGAUUUUGGUGACAUUUGCUAAGAACUUCAGGUACAGGCAGUAAUUAUUAUUAUUCUGUUGUUGUUGUUGUUUACUCGUAAAGGGAAUAAUCCACUUAUUGUAACCAAGUUUUAUGUGAAUACUUACACCCCCCCCCCCCUUUAACUUGUGUAUGUGUUUCUCUGACAAAGAAAUUAUAUUUUCGUACCGGUCGUGCUGAAUGUCAUGUUUUUGUUGUAACAAAACAGUGAAAUGUAAUGUAAACAUUUUUAAUCAAACGCAUUUAAAGACUGUUCUUUUCACCACAAACUUUAGAGAUGUAUUUUAAAAUGUAAAUAAAAGGAUUUUUUAUUUGAAAUAUAAUGGCAAAUAAAACGUGUUGUUAGCAUUGGC